AUGCUACCGGCCGAAGAUGAACAGCCGUUGAUCGACAACAACCCGAUGUUGCAAUCUUACUAUCAUUCCCUGGAAUCAAGAAUUGGAUACCGCAUUAUCCUUGGCGGAACGCGCCAUUUUGGAUACUACGAACAUGAUACUUGGUGGCCAUUCCCCCUGAGCCGCGCGCUCCGCACUAUGGAGGAUAAGCUAGCGGCUUCACUUGAACUUGAACGAGGCGCUUAUGUUCUUGAUGCUGGGUGUGGCGUCUCUCAUGUUGCAAUUCAUUUAGCAGCCAAGCAUGGGUUAAAAGUCCAAGGAAUCGACAUCGUCGAUCAUCACAUUGUCAAAGCGAGGCGGAACAUUGCGCGCUCUGGUCUCUCUGGGGAACAGGUCUCGGUGCGGAAAAUGGAUUAUCACCAUUUAGACAGCUUUGAGAAUGGGACCUUCGACGGCGUCUACACCAUGGAAACCUUUGUCCACGCCACACAUCCUCAGAAUGUCCUACGCAAUUUCUUUCGGGUCCUACGUCCUGGUGGACGCCUUGCACUGUUCGAAUAUGAUCACGAUUCAAUCGAGAAUGCCGACGAAGCAUCGGCUUUAUCCAUGAAAAAGAUCAACGAAGUCGCCGCUAUGCCGACUAACACCCUGUCGCAACCUGGAGUCUUUCAGCAAAUGCUCGAAGAUGCUGGUUUCACUGAUGUCGUCGUCCGGGAUUAUUCUCCCCACAUCAAGCCAAUGACGCGAUUUUUCUAUCUGCUCGCUUACAUUCCUUUGCUUGUUGUUUCCUUUUUUGGUUUAGAAUCCUUUUUCAUCAAUACUGUCGCAGGAGUCGAGUCUUACCGGGGUCGCCAACACUGGCGGUAUGUGGCUAUUUCGGCUUCAAAGCCUAGAUGCAAUGAUGAGACGAAGAAGGUCCUAAAGAAAUGCAGAUCUCGGUAUGCCUUGACUACCCUAAAGGAUGCGAAUCUCCAACAUAUCGGCUCCGCGGGUGUGUCUGAUUUAGUGCGCAGCAAGACUAUCACCAGAAUGACUCGUUGGAAGAUCCGAUGCCGUCAUCAUAAAUUCCGCUAUUCAAAUGUGACUUAA